CAAAACUACGAGUACUUCUUUUGCUUCCGUCGCUUUUGUCUCUUUGUUGCCGCUCGUUCAUGUCUUCCCGGGUGUGCUUUACAAGGGGACUAUCGUCGUUGCAAAUCGGAAUACAAGGUCGUCGGAACCUCCUUUUCGCUACCGAAGCAUGUUCUUCCCGAAGAUACACCAAUGCCGAUGAUACAUUCGUAUCUGCCGCUUGUAUUGGGAGAGACGCACAACGAGUGUCCGCCACCGAGGUCGAAUUGCCUCUUGCCGACGGAAUGGUCGUGAGGGGCCAGCGAUGGAUCCACCUCGAUCGUUUACAAAACAAAAACCAAGCGGCAACAACGGCACCUACGGUAGCAGUCGGUGGCGAAAAUCCAGUGACGACUCGGAUUUUGGCGCUUCACGGAUGGCUGGACAAUUGCCGGAGCUUUUACUGCCUCGCGCCUCGAUUGGUCGAGAAAUUGGGAACCCGGGCCGAGCUCGUGGCGAUCGACCUUCCCGGACACGGGAGAUCGUCUCACCGGCCGAUCGACGGACCCACCGCGGUCCUGAGCGAGGGUGCAUACUACAUUGCCGAGAUCCUCGAUGCACUGGAAUGGGGGCAGGAUGCAAACGCCAAUAGCAGCAGCAAAUGCAAUGGUGCGAAAGAAGAUCAAACCAAGGUGACCCUGUUAGGUCACAGCAUGGGAGGAGGCAUGGCCGUUACGUAUGCGGGAGUAUUUCCGGAGCAGAUUGGCAACAUCGUGAGCCUCGACAUGUUUGGACCGGAACCGGGAGAACCCGAGGAUGCAGCGGCCCACAUUCGGUCGCACGUGGUCCAGCGAAGGGGGCUGGGACCACUUGGACGGCCCCACGUCUUGUACCCAUCCCUCGAACGGGUGAUCGAACGGCGGAUGAAAUCGGCUCGCAUGGCCCCGGGCGGGCACCAGUAUUUGUCGAUAGAGGCCGCUACAGAGCUGGUCACCCGAUCCACGGUGCCCGUCUAUGCCAGCGACGACGACGAAGCCGCGGAAGAAAGCUUUCCCAAGGGGUACAGGUUCCGACACGAUACGAGAAUGAUGUGGCCUUCCCUCCAGUACCUCACUGCAGAACAGAUAGCGUCGAUCCUGGGGCGCGUAGACUGCCGGGUCUGUCUCCUCGCUGCAGAGGACGGGUACCCCUUCCGGCAGGAUCGCGUUGAUCGUGCGCUGGCAUGCCUUGAACCCGAGGUCUACAAAGUCCUUCCGGGGAGCCACCACUUCCACGCCGAUCCAGACACCGCUGAGGCCGUGGCGGAUGCCAUUUGCGAGUUCCUGCGCGGGGGCAAAAACCGGGAAUCGACGAACACCACGAGAGGCGCAAGAAAGAACGCUUCGCCCUCCCAGGAGGCCACCGCGACGUAUGGCAUGCAGUAGUGUCUGCGCACGCUACUACCGCACCAAAACCAAACAGCAGUAUAUUGCGACACAACACCGACUUGCGAACCGAAUCCCAUAUCUCCGGCCACGGGAUAGAAGUCGAUUGAGAGCAAACAAUUCCUCCGUCGUCUCAUGACGAUGAAUGGAAUAUAGGGAAGUUUGACUG